AAUCCAACAAUAUAUUGGAGGGAAAUAAGGUUUGUAAGUCGACUGGAUCUGACAACUAUCAUCGGGCUCCCAAAAUCUGAGAUCUUCCCUUUCAAGCCAAGAUGUACGUCGUUAAACGAGAUGGCCGUCAGGAGAAAGUUAUGUUCGACAAGAUCACAUCCAGAAUAUCCAAGUUAUGCUAUGGUCUCAAUAUGGAUUUUGUGGACCCGACCGCCAUAACUCUGAAGGUCAUCAGCGGCCUCUAUCAUGGCGUGACCACCAUCGAACUCGACAACCUGGCAGCAGAAACAGCUGCUACCAUGACGACAAAGCACCCCGACUAUGCUCAACUGGCUGCCCGCAUCGCCAUCUCAAACCUGCACAAAGAGACGAAGAAAGUUUUCAGUGAUGUGAUGGAUGAUUUAUUCAAAUGGGUGAAUCCGAAAACUGGAAAAGAUUCCCCAAUGAUAGCCGACGACAUCCAUGAUAUCAUUAUGAAAAAUAGUGAUAAACUGAAUUCCGCUGUGAUAUAUGACCGUGAUUUCAACUACAACUUCUUUGGGUUCAAGACUCUUGAACGAUCCUACCUACUGAAGAUUGAUGGAAAGGUGGCGGAGCGUCCUCAGCACAUGUUGAUGCGAGUCUCUGUUGGCAUCCACCGAGAUGACCUUGAAGCAGCCAUUGAGACUUACAACCUCCUGUCGGAGAAGUGGUUCACACAUGCCUCACCGACUCUGUUCAAUGCUGGCACACGUAGACCACAGCUCUCCAGCUGUUUCCUGCUGACCAUGGAUUCUGACAGCAUUGAUGGAAUCUAUGACACAUUGAAGAAAUGUGCUCUCAUCUCCAAGUCUGCCGGAGGGAUCGGUCUCAACGUCCAUUGUAUCAGAUCGACUGGCAGCUAUAUUGCAGGCACUAAUGGUACUUCCAACGGCCUCAUCCCCAUGUUGAGGGUGUACAACAACACCGCCCGCUACGUGGACCAAGGAGGCAACAAGAGACCAGGUGCGUUCGCCAUCUACCUGGAGCCAUGGCACUCGGACAUCUUCGAGUUCCUGGAUUUGAAGAAGAACGUCGGGAAGGAGGAGACGAGGGCCAGGGAUCUGUUCUACGCGAUGUGGCUGCCCGAUCUGUUCAUGGAGAGGGUGGAACAGAACGCCGAGUGGUCCUUGAUGUGUCCCCAUGAAUGCCCGGGGCUCGCUGAUGUUUGGGGGGAUGAGUUUAAGAAGCUCUAUGAGGGGUACGAGAAGGCUGGCAAGACUCGCAAGGUGAUCAAGGCUCAGCAGUUGUGGUACGCCAUCAUCGAGUCUCAGACGGAGACCGGCACGCCCUACAUGCUGUACAAGGACCACUGCAACAGGAAGAGCAACCAGCAGAACCUGGGCACCAUCAAGUGCAGCAAUCUGUGUACGGAGAUCGUGGAGUACAGCGCCCCGGAUGAGGUUGCUGUGUGCAAUUUGGCUUCAAUAGCCCUUAACAUGUAUGUGAAACCAGACCGAACAUACGACUUUGGCAAACUGCGGGCGGUGACCAAGGUUGCUGUGAGGAAUCUGAACAAGAUCAUUGAUGUCAACUAUUACCCAGUCAUAGAGGCACAAAACUCCAACUUCCGCCAUCGUCCAAUUGGCCUGGGAGUUCAAGGGCUGGCUGAUGCUUUCAUCCUGAUGCGCUACCCCUUUGAGAGUGAUGAGGCACAGCUACUGAACAAGGAGAUCUUUGAACACCUCUACUUCGCUGCCCUGGAGGCUAGCUGUGAACUGGCGGAGAGAGAUGGGCCGUAUCAAACAUACGAGGGAUGCCCUGUCAGCAAGGGGGUGUUGCAGUUCGACAUGUGGAAUGUGAAGCCAGUCACCAAACUUGACUGGACAAGUCUUAGAGCCAAAAUUGCCAAGCAUGGUGUCCGGAACAGUCUUCUGUUGGCUCCUAUGCCCACGGCCUCCACGGCUCAGAUCCUGGGCAACAACGAGUCCAUCGAAGCCUACACCUCCAACAUCUACACAAGGAGGGUCCUGUCUGGGGAGUUCCAAGUGGUGAACCACCAUCUCCUGAAGGACCUGACGGAGAGGGGACUGUGGAAUGAUGAAAUGAAGAACAAGAUGAUUGCCAGUGGAGGCUCUAUCCAGGGUAUUGAGGAAAUCCCUAAAGACCUGAAGGAUCUGUACAAGACCGUGUGGGAAAUCUCCCAGAAGACCGUCAUCAAGAUGUCAGCUGACCGGGGCGCAUACAUCGAUCAGAGUCAGUCACUCAACAUACACAUCGCGGAGCCCAACUACGGCAAACUCACCAGCAUGCACUUCUAUGCAUGGAAAAUGGGUUGCAAGACGGGCAUGUACUACUUGAGGACAAAGGCUGCUGCGGCUGCCAUUCAGUUCACUGUCGACAAGUCCAAGUUGAAACCGCAGCAAAAGGAGACAAAAGAAGAAAAUAAGGAGGACAAUAUGGCUGCCAUGGUGUGCUCGCUUCAGAACAAGGAUGAGUGCCUCAUGUGCAGCGGUUAGAGUCCGGGAACUCGUUGACCGUAUCUCCAAAAGACCCCGUAAUUGUACAUAACUGCAAUCAGUGACUUCAGUGACAAGACCCAGAGCCCAGAGAUUAGUAAAUCUACCUUACAUGCUUAAGGUCAAAUCAAACUCAUUUUAGUUUAUAUAAUGUUUUCACUUUUGACAAAUUUAGUGUAAAGAAACAGUUAGUUUUGUGCUUUAAAUGUGACCUGAAUAUGAAAAAAACAAAAUAUGGUGAGGCAAGGUGAUGCAUAGUUUUUCUUGCACACUAACACUACCAAUGAUGAAGUGCCUUAUCGAGUAUUGUCAAGUGCUUUAUUUAUUUUCCUGAAAAUUAAAAAAAUACCAAAAUGGAUGGGCAAGGUGACUCAUAAAUAUUCUUGCACACUAACACUGCCAAUGAUGAAGUGCCUUAUCGAGUUGUCAAGUGCCUUAUAUAUAUUUUCUUGAAAAUAAAACAAACCAACAAAUGAUUGGGCAAGGUGACACAUUUUCUUGCACACUAACACUGCGAAUGAUCAAGUGCCUUGUGUCCUGUGUUCUUUCUUAUCAGUUCCUCUCCAGCAUUGUCUUCAUGUUCUUACACAACUUUGGGGGCACGGGUGGCCCAGUCGUCUAAGGCGCCGCAAUUCGCUGUGCAGAGUUGCGUCCCUUGGGCACGCCAGAAACCUAUGAUUGUGGGUUCGAAUCCCGGUUCGCCCCGAUUAUGUUUCUAGGUUUGUCAGCACCAUACCCGUGCUCUUGGGUUUCACCGAAGUGGUAAACGUGUGACCUGCAUCACUUCGGGCUUUCCUCCCACAUUAAGCUGACAUGCCGCGAUAUAACUGGAAUACUGUUAAAAGCGGCGUUAAACCCAACUCACUCACUCACUCUUACACAACUUCCAACAGCAAUGUGACCUGUUACCAGGUGAUUUCCAAUUAGAAUUUUAUAGGUUAACCCAGUACUUGAUUAUUACAAAUAUGGUUUCAACAGUCUCUACUGCCACAUUACAGACUGUUCAUGAUAGAGGGGUGGUUGGGUCGCCUAGAGUGUGCGCUCGUCACGUCGAAGACCCGGGUUUGAUUCCCUACAUGGGUACAAUAUGUGAAGCCCAUUCCUGGUGUUCCCCACCGUGAUAUUGCUGGAAUCUUGCAAAAAGCGGCUUAAAACUCUGAUAGAAAAUGACAAUUUGACACUGUUUCACAGGUCUGUGUUGAUCACAUAAUAUUGUACUUGUAAAAUGGCUGCACUAUUCCAUUUUACAAAUAUGAAUUUCAUUGUAGAUACAUUGCAUUCGUUCCUGUCAGGUGUUACCGUGGUUACUGUGUUCAGGUUGUAGUUCUUCAUGCUGCAUUUAGAUCCCAAUCCUCAAAUAGAGCAUUUCUUUAACAUGUUUAAUGUGUUCAUUAUGACGAACCAGUCAACUCAGACUGAACAUAGUCAUUAUCUCGAGGGCAUCCUAGUUCCAUCUGAUUUAAUGUACAUUUAUGUACCACAAACAAAUCAAAGAACGCAUUACAUUUAAGAAUUGAUGUUAUAAGUCUUUUCAGUCAUUUGUCAUUUGUCAUUCUUCAAUCACUUGUGGAAGUGUUGUGGACAGGUAGCAGGCAUUGAAGAUUUCUGCCACUGAAGGUCAUGUGUCAAUGUAUGUGAUAAUGAGCUUUUGUUGGUUACUAUUCUUGAGUUCAUAAUGUUAGUUGCAAAAUGUUAAAGAGUCAUAUUCAAUAAGGAUUUGCUUGAAAGUGCUUGUCCCAAGGCAUGCAGGAAACAUGGAUCCGUGUCACUGACUUCACAUUGAGUAGUUUAUCAGUUAGCCAUUUGACAUUCCUUUUGGAUAAAAAUUUCAUUAAGACCAUUCAUCAAUCACCAAUCAUAUGUUCUUGCAGAGAUGUUAUCAGAAUGUGUUGCCGUGGUUAGAACAGGUCCCUAGCAUCCUGUGCUUGUUGUGAGAGGUGUUAAAUAACAAACACAACAUUGUGUGUCAGGUUAAAUGCAGGGCCCUACAUCACAUUUGGCUAAAAUACCCAGAAAAACAUGUUUCAGGUAUUCGCCAGUUGUUUCACUUGUGACCCAAAUGUUUUAUCACAGCUGGAAGCCAUCAGUGAAUCCAUAUUUAGCAUUAAGACAAAAAAUCCUUUUUUCACAUAUUGCUGUAGCUGUGGUGACCUACAAAUUUGAGAAAUUAUUUUAAUUUACAUGUCCUUAACAGCCAUCUGCAACGAAUAAUCCGCUGACUCGUAUCUGGUGGGUCCAUACGGUUGACCUUGGUCGUAGUUCCAUACGGUUUGACCUUGGUUGUAGUUCCAAACGGUUGACCUUGGUCAUGUUCCAUACGGUUGACCUUGGUCACAGUUCCAUACGGUUUGACCUUGGUUGUAGUUCCAUACGGUUGACCUUGGUCAUAGCUCCAUACGGUUGACCUUGGUUGUAGUUCCAUACGGUUUGACCUUGGUCACAGUUCCAUACGGUUUGACCUUGGUCGUAGUUCCAUACGGUUUGACCUUGGUCUUAGUGCCAAUAUGUCUGAACUCCCCUUCAACACAUGAUUGUCAUAGCUAUAGUGCUACUUUGUGAAACAGGUUCCCAUAUUGUAAUUGACAUGCUCAUCCUAAUUUCUUGGGACGAUUUGUUCAUUAACUUCGACACCAUCAUAAUACUUGUAUGUGUUUACUGGUAUAUUUCCUCAAUGAAUAUUAUACUCCAGGGUUUUAUGCUUUUUUUUAUGCUUCACCAGUGUUUUUGUGUCAUGGUCAUUACAUUUAAAAAAACUUUAUUCCACUGCAGAUUUCUAUAUAAAGUCUUACGCUGUUACGUAAACUUUACACAGUGUCUUCAGCCACUGACUUGUCAUGUCAAUAUGGGGCAUUGGUCAUAACCUGUACACAAUGUCUUCAGCCACUGACUUGCCAUGUCAAUAUGGGGCAUUGGUCAAGUCUUUUCUAGAAGGUUGUGGAGUUACACGGCUAGAAGAGGUCAUGUUGAUGGAUCAGGUGGUCAGGCUCAGUGACUUGGUUAAUGGUAUGUAAACAUUCCCAGAUGAUUGGAUUGUUGCUCAUAAUAUCAAUCACUGGACUUCCUGGUCCAGACUUGGUUAUUUACAGGCCACUGUCAUACAGUUGGAAUAUUGCUGAUUGUGGUGUUAAACAAACGACAAUUGAAAAGGGAAGCUAUUUCUGUAAGUGAACAUUGUUAAAGUUUGACUGUUGCUAUUGUUAUUGAUUUGUUACAUCCAAUCUGUGCAGACUAAUAUUAUCAUGUUUGGUAUCUGAUAAUAUCAAAUUGAUGUGAGUGAUUAGCCAGUUUGGCAACGUCCUUGUCCAUGAAUGUCCACCCCUGUACAUAGAACCAAUGUACAGACUCGCCUUGCUUUGUUGUACACUUUUUACCUGUACUGCAUACUUCUGUCUGUAUAACUGCUUCCUUCAGUGCAAUAAAUAAACUGAGGAA